GUGGUGAGCGCGUGCCUGGGCCUCGGCUCACAUCUUAUAUAAAAAUCAAAAAUAACAAAAAAAAAUUAUAAAAUUUAACAAAAUCCAGAAAAAUCUGAAGGUCCGAGAAUCUGAUCAGGACUGUGAGUGAGCUCGUGGGUGAAGCGAUUCAGUCGGUAACUUUAGUCCCGAAACACCGCGGAGAGUUAGCGCACACGGCGGGUUAGCAUUAGCAUCGUUCUGACUGAAAAACAGGCUGUUAGCUGGUUAGUAUUAGCUUCAGUUCGGCGCAGUUUUAUUGAUUUGGCGUUUAAAAGGUUUAUUUUUAUCUGUUUGUAGUUUAGACUCUGAACAGAAAUCAUUUUAGAAUCUAAAGUUUAUUUAUAAUUCGGCUCAUUUUAGCUCGCGUGUUUUCGGCCUUCAGCUUUUAUCUAGUUAGCGAUUAGCGUUAGCAUCCCCGGUGUGGUAGUGAAUUUUGAGCCGGUGUUCAGGUUCGAUAGCGCGGUGUGUUGCUGUAUUACUCGGGCCUAUAGACUAGAUCAGGAUGAAUCCCAGCGCUCCCAGUUACCCCAUGGCCUCCCUGUAUGUGGGAGAUCUGCACCAGGACGUGACUGAAGCCAUGCUGUAUGAGAAGUUCAGCCCGGCCGGUCCGAUCCUCUCGAUCCGGGUGUGCAGGGACAUGAUGACCCGCCGCUCGCUGGGUUACGCUUAUGUCAACUUCCAGCAGCCUGCGGAUGCUGAGCGAGCCCUGGACACCAUGAACUUUGACGUGAUUAAGGGGCGUCCGGUGCGCAUCAUGUGGUCUCAGAGAGAUCCGUCCCUGAGGAAGAGCGGCGUGGGGAACAUCUUCAUCAAGAACCUGGAUAAAUCCAUCGAUAACAAGGCGCUGUACGACACCUUCUCAGCGUUCGGGAACAUCCUGUCCUGCAAGGUGGUGUGUGAUGAGAAUGGCUCUAAAGGAUACGGCUUUGUGCACUUUGAGACCCAUGAAGCUGCAGAGAGAGCCAUCGAGAAAAUGAACGGCAUGCUGCUGAACGAUCGCAAAGUGUUUGUCGGGCGCUUUAAAUCACGUAAAGAACGCGAGGCUGAGAUGGGUGCUCGCGCCAAGGAAUUCACCAACGUUUACAUCAAGAACUUCGGCGAGGACAUGGACGACGAGAAGCUGAAGGAGAUCUUCGGCAAAUUCGGUCCUGCUCUGAGUAUUCGGGUCAUGACCGACGACAGUGGAAAGUCCCGCGGCUUCGGCUUCGUGAGCUUCGAGAGACACGAGGACGCUCAGAGAGCGGUGGACGAGAUGAACGGGAAGGAGAUGAACGGGAAGCAGGUGUACGUGGGCCGAGCGCAGAAGAAAGGAGAACGCCAGAACGAACUCAAGCGCAAGUUUGAGCAGAUGAAGCAGGACCGCAUGACCCGCUGCCAGGGCGUGAACCUCUACGUGAAGAAUCUGGACGAUGGUCUGGAUGACGAGCGUCUGCGUAAGGAGUUCUCUCCGUUUGGAACCAUCACCAGUGCCAAGGUGAUGAUGGAAGGCGGGCGCUCUAAAGGGUUCGGCUUCGUCUGCUUCUCGUCCCCGGAGGAGGCCACCAAGGCGGUGACGGAGAUGAACGGCAGGAUCGUGGCCACCAAGCCUCUGUACGUGGCUCUGGCUCAGAGGAAAGAGGAGCGCCAGGCCCACCUCACCAACCAGUACAUGCAGAGGCUGGCCAGCGUACGUGCCGUGCCCAACCCCGUACUCAACACCUACCAACCCGCCCCGCCCUCCGGAUACUUCAUGGCUGCCAUUCCACAGGCACAGAACCGAGCUGCUUAUUACCAGAGCAGUCAGCUGGCACAGCUCCGCCCGGGUCCACGCUGGGCUACACAGAGCGUCCGACCUCAGCAUUUCCAGAACAUGCAGAAUGCCAUGCGUCCCGCAGCGCCGCGCCCUCAGGCCUUCAGCAGCAUGAGACCCGCUGCCAACCAGGUGCCACGCAUGAUGACAUCACAGCGCAUGGCCUCUCAGCCCAUGGGACCACGCCCGACCUCCGCAGCAGCAGCCACCGCCGCCGCGCCCGUGAGACCCGUCCAGCAGUACAAGUACACCCCAGGGGUCAGGAACACACAGCAGCACAUGGGUGCUCAGGUGCCCAUGCAGCAGGCCGCUGUACACGUGCAGGGUCAGGAGCCUCUGACCGCCUCCAUGCUGGCUGCCGCGCUCCCACAGGAACAGAAGCAGAUGCUGGGUGAGCGUCUCUUCCCCCUGAUCCAGAACAUGCACCCCACCCUGGCGGGUAAAAUCACCGGCAUGCUGCUGGAGAUCGACAACUCGGAGCUGCUGCACAUGCUGGAGUCCCCCGAGUCCCUGCGCUCCAAGGUGGAUGAAGCCGUAGCCGUACUCCAGGCUCACCAGGCGAAGGAAGCAGCUCAGAAGUCUGUGGGCAGCACCGCAGUUCCUGCUGUUUAAUACAGGAUGAUUCUCUCUGCUGCGCCGCUUCACCCAGACUGAGAAACGGAAGAAAAUUUCAGAUUAAACGUCUAAAAUAAAAUGAAAAACAUAAAAACCUUUUAAAGAGAGCUGGAGUUCACACGCCGGGUCUGCAGACACCACGUCCAGACCCUGACCUGUCAAAAACCUCAAAAAAAUAGUAAAAUCAGUAAAAAAUCUGAAUUGAGCUAAAUGAAUUUGAUCAUUCCAUUUUGUUUUUAUUCCUUUGCGGUGUGAAAGCGCAGGACGUGGACGAGUUCACUCUCCAUCACUGCGCCAUUACAAUGAAUAAUAAAGAUUUAAACCUUU